AUGGACGCACUAAACCUCUACAUUCUCACCUUCAAUUGCGCCCGAAACCUCGUCGACGUCGAUCGAUUCUCUCACCACUUCUUCGACUCCCUCCCGCUCACCGACAAUCUCAACAACUCCUCCUCAUCUGCCCCUCCCCCCGAUCUCAUCGUACUCUCGCUACAAGAAAUCGCGCCGAUCGCGUACGCCUUCCUUGGGGGCUCAUUCCUGACCCCGUACUUCGACGCGCUGAGCCAGGUGGUGAACCGCGCGGUCGCGCAGCGCUGGGAUGAUGUACAUUACGUCAACAUCGUGACGGACAACUCCGGGAUGACAGGGUUGAUGGUGUUUGCCCGGUCCGACGUGGCAGGCCAGAUAGCCUGGCUCGAGACGGCCCGGAUAGGUUUUGGGUUCCAAGAGAUGGGCAACAAGGGUGCCGUGGGAGCGCGACUCGGAUACCUGGCAUCAACCUCAUCAUCAUCAUCCCGGCGGGACGGUGAAGGAGAAAGAGAAGACGCACAACAACCCGUAGAGCUGACCUUUGUGGCCGCGCAUCUCGCGCCAAUGGAAUGGGCGGUUGAGCGCAGGAAUGCGGAUUGGCGCAGCCUGGUCGAACGGCUGGUCUUCGAGCACAAUCCCGCACUAUCGGAAAGCGCACCCCUGCUCCAACAGCACUCUGCAGCGGCUUCGCCGGUCGGGCAACAACAACAUGAUCUCCGGGGCAUCUACGUCCCUACGAGUUACCUCUUUCUGGCAGGAGACCUCAACUACCGGACGGCCGACCGACCGCCCCAUCCGGGCGAUCGGACGAGCAGAUUCCCCCGGGUGAAUGUAGAGACGUCGGACCCGCGCCAUUACUCGCAUCUGCUCAAGGAGGAUCAGCUGAGUCGGGAGAGGGCCCAGUCGCGGUGCUUUCAGGGACUAUCGGAGGCGCCGAUCAGCUUUCCUCCGACGUACAAGUACAGCCUGGCGGCACGUCACGCCGUAAGUAAAGCGGUGGGCGAUCACCACGGCGCAUUGUCGCAGGAUUGGCAGUGGACGGGGACCCGCUGGCCCAGUUGGUGUGACCGUGUGCUGUACCUGGACCAGCCUGGACAGCCCGUCCGGCCGUUGCGCUACGAUGCGCUGCCGCUGUUUCCAACCUCUGACCAUCGUGCCGUCGCGCUCGCGGUCUCCGUGCCGGCCCGGCCAAUGCGACCAGCAGAUGCGCUGGCCCAACGGCCGGCGGCGGGCCCGUUCCCGAUCGACCCAGACUGGGCGCGUAGACGAGAUGCGGCGCGGCGGAAGGAGCUGGUGGUGGGCUGUGUCGCGUAUCUCGGGCUGACCUGGGAGGGCAACGGGGUGUUGGUGGCCACGGUGGUUGGGCUUCUGGGUGCAUGGCUCGUGCUUCGCUCACUAUUGAACGCCUGA